AUGACAAGAUUUGAUAAUAUUGGAUUGGCAAAACAAGGGCAAGCCAUUGCGAAUAAUUUUGGAGUCAUGUAUGGAGAUGGAUUUAUGGAUAAAAACUAUGAAAUAUACGCUUUAAUUACGCAUAAUUGUACGAAGAAUCGGAAAAAGAUGAAGCAGUAUAAACAUGAUUUGGAGACAUGUUCAACGGAGAAAAGUGGAUGCCGAAAAAAAUUCAAACUGAAUAUCACUGAAUUGGGCGAUGAGGUGAAUACGGAGAGUGUUGAGAACUGGUUGACGAAAAAAUCCGAAUUUAAUAUCACUGAAUUGGGUGAUGAGGUGAAGCCGGAGAGCAUUUGGUGA